AUGACUGCUAACACAGGAAACACAGAAUUCCGCAAGGUUGAUGUGGACUUAUACACAGAAUCCACAUUUCGGGACGAGCAAACUGAAGAGACAACUCCGAUCCGAUUGAAUGAAGCUGAGGUAAAAAGUUCAAUGGAGAGGGGGAAGCCGGCCGAAGGCCUGAUGCAUGUUCUACAGAACGCCCCAAUCAAUUCUAAAGAUCAAGCUCUGAAAGAUCUGGCUUUCCGCCUCGUAAUGCGUUUGUUAGCGCAGAUCAAACCAGCAAAUAUUGAUGAGUUUGUGGCCAGUUUGGACUCGGAAAAAAUUGAUCUUUUGAUGAAGUACAUCUACCGUGGAUUUGAAAAUGCUCAGGAUGGGAACAGUGCUAUGCUUCUGACCUGGCAUGAAAAGGUUCAUGCCCGUGGCAAGGCGGGCUCGAUAAUUCGCGUUAUGACUGACAGAAGACGGAUAUAA